UGGCUGGAAGGGAUGACUCUGCUGACACAUAGAGGAGCGAGAGCCCCUGCAAGAAGCGCGGGCGUAAACAGUGCAGCGCGAAGCGCUAACACAGGGAGCUAACGGAGCGCUAACAUAGGCAGUUAGCAGAGUGCUGACACAGAACGCCAGCGCAAUUAGUUAACAGAGUGCUAAUGCGGAGCUGCAUGCAGGAAGUGUGAGCGCUAACACGGGGCGUUGACGGAGUGCUAAGACAGGUAGUUAGCAGAGCGCUAACACAGAACGCCAACGCAGGCAGUUAACGGAACGCUAACACGGAGCUGUACACAGGCAACGCAAGCAUUUAGCGGGCGCAGCUAAGCGAGUUAGCGGGCGCAGCAAGGGAAGGCUAAGUCACGCACGCGCAGCUAGCAGGACAUCAUGGCCAGCAGGGCCAGCUUCACCGGGUCUGAGCUCUCCGAAGAGGAGGCUGAUGGGAGCCUCGCAGGCAUGGACAGUGGCAGCCCUAAGGAGUCCCACGCGGAGAGCGAGGAGAGCCCCAGCGAGCCAGAUGAGGCCAAGGCAAGCAGGAAGAGGACGCGACCGGCCCGUUCCAAGGCACGCCGUGUGGCCGCCAACGUGCGUGAGCGCAAGCGCAUCCUGGACUACAACCAGGCUUUCAACGCUCUGCGCGUGGCGCUCAAGCACGACCUCGGCGGCAAGCGGCUCUCCAAGAUCGCCACGCUGCGCCGCGCCAUCAACCGCAUCUCUUCGCUCUCUGUCUUCCUGCGUGCCCAUCCUGCCGCUGGAGCGUGCGGCCCGUGCGCCCAUACCGAGUGCCGCAGCCAGCCGGAGGUGCCCAUGCCCAAGCCGGCCGGAGAGAGGAGCUUCCCGGCAUCGGUGGACAUUUACCCAGCCCGGCAACACCAGCACCAGCCCCAGCACCAGCACCAGGUCCACGGCCACGUUCUGUCCCCGGAGGAGCCGCUUUAUAUGGAUACCUCGGCUUUCCUGGGGCCGCUGUCCCCCCACUUCCCUGACGGCCAGUACUGCGCACCCCAUGGACACUACGCCAGCCCCCGGGAUGAGCUCCGCGCUCUGCCCUAUUACGGCAACACCUGCAACGCCAGCCCAGGCUACCAGUUCGGGAGCAGGGCCACCUGCCACCAGAAUCACAUGGACAACUUGUCUGACUCUGCGACCUCGUUGCCCUUUCACUGGCAGCUGGGCUGCCUGCAGGGGGCAGGCUACCAGCAGUCUCUGUCCAUGCACUGACAGCCAGGGACGGGCUCUGAAGGAGGGACCCCCCCCUGCCAUGGGCCCUGAAAGAUCACCAGCAAACUCCAUCUGUUUCAAAUGCGAACUAUGCGUCGUCAAAAAAAUAAAAACAAUAAUAAAAAGAAUGUCACUAACAAAAUGCCAGACGUGUCCGGGACUUGCCGCGAUUUCAAAACACCCACUUGAAAACUUUCGCUCUGUUGCAAACGCGCUGAUAUGGCUGACAAUUUUAGUGGAAUGAAAAUGAGCAGGGACGAGAAUUUUAAAAAAAAUGCUAAAAAUCAAUUCAGGUAACAUUCAGUCGUUUUGCAUGGUCUGUGAUGAUGAUUUCGGAAAUGGUCCCCAUGAGAUAAACUUUAGUGUUUACCGGCAUGUGCCGGAUUCAGACGAUGGGGCAGGUGGUCCAGAUGCCGAGAGUGAGGAGGAUGUGGUCCCUGCAGUGUUACCUGGAGGGACCCGUUUCCUGUUUACAGAGAGCCACACCAACCUUGUAACUCGCACAAAUCCCCAGCAAAGUCACUUGACAGCGUAACAGAAUAUUUUCAUGUGAUUUCUAUUUUUAUAUGACUGAAACUUGUUUUUAACGUUGAUUUUAAUUUUAAUAAAAAUGUGCCAAAAA